UCGUCGAGAUUGCCUCGCGGUUGAGUGUAUUCGGUUUUGGUGGCGAUUUGAAAUCAAAUUGUAGAUUAUUCGCGUUAUGUCAUGCCUAUGUCGUUUGAGGAAUCGACUAGUGAUCAGCGGAGUGACUAAUCGUCCACAGUUUACGGAAUUUUAUCGGGUGGGAAUUAGUGGCAACGGUUAUUGCUUGACUGAAGUGAUCCGGUUACUUUAUGGUGACAGUGUUUUUUUUGCUGGCACCCCCCUUCGGUGGGAAAAUUUUUGAUGAGCAAUCGAUAACAGUUCAAUCUCUGAGAGCGAACAGCCUAUGUGUGGAGAGUUUUCAUUUUAUGUGAUUACCAGAAGGAAGUUUUUGCUGCAAUAUUGUGGUUAUCAUAAUACAACAUGAAAGGUUUGGUUGGGCGGCAAGUAAUAAUCAAAAUAAUACAUAUUCAAAGCAGCUAACGAGCCCACCUAGUAAUGACAAAUAAGUAAAGGAGAGAACGAGACAUAAACGAUAAAAACGAUAUCCCCUCGCAGCCCAUCAGCAUCGGCGAAGGUAUACAACAAGCGCGCCGCCAGAGAACGGACACGGCCGGAGAAGUGUGAAUCAAAAUGAAUGAUCAAGUGAGAAGAAAAGUAUAAGUUGAGAAAAAGAUAAAACUGUCGGUUCAGUUGUAUCCGAGAAGUCUACUGCAACACAACACAUUACGGAAAGCAGGCUGAAGCCGACUGGAGUGCAAUAAAAAUACAUUUUACAAGAAGGAGAACCGUACAUACAAUACACACAACGCGGCUCGAAGAGCGAUCGUUUACCGCCGCAGAGUAUACAAAAUAAAUAUCAGAAGUUAAUUGAAGUUUCCCAUUUGAGCAACAUACAUCGUGUAUACAGCAAUUAAGUGCAGCAAAUAAAUAACUGGUUUAAUUUCUGCUCUGCUUACUAUAUUUUGCGCCUAUCAAUGAAAGAAGUACUUAACAGCGACGGAACGCGAAGGGACAUCAAUUAUUGAAAGUUGAUUCACGCGAUUUGUGAUUUCGGUGCAAUUUUCCCCAGCAUAUAAACAAGUGCAAGCUACAUAUAACUUUUUGAACAAUUGGAAGGAUUAGUUUGCGAUCCUGUGACGAGAUCCCCUUAUGGGCACAAAGAAAGUGCAUUCGAGUUAACAAUCUGCUGGGGCAGAACGAGCUCGUUAAGUUUAAAAUUUAUCGAUUUUUUUGCUGUGCGUGCCGCAGUUAUAAAGAAGUCACCAGCACGAAGCUAGAGAGCCACUUAUUUAUAAAAAUAUAAACAGGAAAAGCGCAAGUGACGGAAAAUACUUAGGUGCUCGUAGCGGUGGUAUACCCAAAGAGCAAUUCCAGCAGCGUACGGUAGCGAUCGCUGAAUAGGCAGGAAAUCAAGUCUGUGUUUCCGUCCUUCCCGUCGUCUCCAGCUCCUUCAGUUACAAUCUUAAUGAUUGUUGUAAAUAAAUAAAACAAUUUUAUUGUUCUUGUGCGAAAGAAGGUAAAAUAACCGCAAUCUGGAAUAGUGCAAAGAGUCAAACGUUUUAACAAGCUAAAAAACUACAGUGAAGUGCUUUAAAGACGACUCACAGAACGGUCACAUCACGUUUGUGGAAAACGACGGUCACAUCACUUAAGGAGAAAUCCGCACCACGUUCUUACUUGGUAGUUGAUUAAACUGCUGUGUGGUGUUAAUUUUUUUCGCUAUUGAAGAAAUCGGACUUCCGACGGGUUGAUACAAAUAUGUGUUCCCGUAACUUAGCACUCGCGUGGUCACUGAUAAUCGCACUGGUACCACUGGCAGUUGUAGCGUUACCUCACCACAGUGUCGCCAAGCGCAGCUCGUUCUUCGACUUAGAAUGUAAGGGACAGUUCAACAAAGCGAUUUUCUACCGGCUGGACCGGAUAUGCGAAGACUGUUACUCUCUGUUCCGUGAGCCUCAGAUUUUGUCCUUCUGCAAACAACAGUGCUUCACGACAGAAUACUUCCGUGGCUGCAUAGAUGCUCUUCAGCUGACGGACGAAGUCGAAACAUUGAAACCGUUUAUCAAGGUGCUAAACGGUGCCGAUCCGAACAAUUUAUAAGUGCUUCACUGUGGCAGCCGUUAGGAAACAAAAACCUGCUAAGAACAACGAAGGGAUCUUUCCUCCCCAAGAAUUCCACUACCGCGUGACUGAGUAGGAGGAAUGUACUAAACUUGCGCGCAAAAGUGCUUAACAACAACCAGUAUCAACAGAAUAAAUCGUCGUUGCUAGAAGAGGAAAAAAAAUUAGUAACGCUAGUGCCAACAACAUAGAACACAACGACGAAGCAUCAUUAUCAUCACGACCCCAACCAGACACCGAGAAACAUACCAGUGGCCGAUUAUUGUGCAAUUCUAUUGUUUUUAAACUGCUUCCUAUUCGAAAGUAUUAGUUAUCUUCAUAAACUGGCGCUGGACCGUUGAUUGCGAAGCAACCGGCAGACAUCCGACAUCUAAGGGGCUAAAGCAGAGUACAAUUCUAUCGCUUUUGAUUUCCGUUAUUGUUUCGUUACAAUUUUAUCGGAGAGGACUGCUUCGGAACAGAAUACUUUCUGGCUUGCGUGGAAGCGUUAUUUCUGGACGAGGAGGAGGAAAAGUUUAUGAAGUGGCGCGAAAUGUUGGGGAAAAAAUAAUUUUGCCAUGUUGAUUCUCAUCUGUAACUGUAUUUUAUUACAUUUAAAAAAUGAACAAAUCCUGAUAUUUUAUAAUGUAGGAAGAGCGUAGGCAAUUUGUUUUGUAAGUUUUGCUUUUUUGGUUAGACCUUCUUCGGAAAAGUAGAAAAAUCAAUGACUGAAGAGGAAGGAAUAGGAGAAAGCCAUCGUGUACAUAAUUAACUGAUAAAGAAAUAUUUAUUUAUAACUAUUAAUGUUUAAAACUGACUUACAAAGUUGUCAAGAUGAGCCGUUUUAUCCGUGUUAGGGAGUGUGAUUUUUAUGGUUUGUAAUUAAAAACAAUAUUGUGAGUGAUUGCAGUCAUAUGUUUGAAGAAAACUAAAGAAAAUGUUUACUAGUUUGGAUUGUUUGUAGUUGGGGGAAGGUAGCGAUACUACUAGCGACGUUCUCGCUAAAAUUGGCUGUUGUUACUUUCCCCUGACCGACAUAAAGAGAUAGAAAGUGUACGAAUUAUUUAACGUUUCAAAGCAUUGUUCAUUUUAUUCCAACGACUCAUCGCUCCAAUGACAAAAAUACAAUAACCGAAAAAAAUAUUUUACGUUAAUGUAUUUAUAUUUUCAAAAAAUAUACUUCUAGUCCAGAAAGCACACAUUUACGUUUAGUUAUUUAUGAUUUAUGAUGAAGGAAAAACAGUGAAGAAACAUGUUCGAUCAACGAUAGUUAAGGAGAUAUUUCUUGGGAUGUUCUCACUUCUGUUAUAAGCUUUAGUUGUUGCCAUUUGGAACAAGAGAUCCAGCGAGUCCCGUCUCUGCGCCUUUGUUUCUCGGCUCCACAUCGGGUUCUGAUAGUACUGAUGAUCUGUAGUUUUCGCGAACUGUUUCCAUUGCAUAACAGCGAAUACCACUUAUUGUUAUGAACGACAUUAAAACAAUAAAGUUUUGAAAGUUUGAAAAACAAUUUUAUCAAUAAAUUACACUGCUCCUUUUGCGUUUAUCACACAUACAGCAAAUUGUAAAUUAUUAACAUUCCUCGUUAGACAGUAUUUUCUCUCGAAACUAGACAAAUCAUUCAAAAAAGCAAAAAAAAAACUUCUGUCUUUUAUACCAGAGCCAAGCUCGGGUAAUGGAUCCGGAAAGCGGCAAUAACAUAAAGAGAAUGAGAGCUUUGAACCAUCAUCUAUAAAAGUGGCUUCAUUUUUGCUGCUACUAGUUUACAUCUAAUAGGGUCCAGCAGGAGCGAAGCUCAACCACACAUCAAGAAUAACUAUAACAAGGAGUGCGAUCUAGGACUUUACUUAUUUCGCCAGACAAACAUCAUUUUCGAACAGAAUCAUUAUUAUUGUUAUCGGGUUUGAAUUAUGCGAAGAACAAGAAAAGGAAGCAAUUUUAUCGGAGUAUAGCUUAAGUUCCUUCUCAGUAUAUGUUUCGGCUAUCCAUUUUAGGUUGUGCUUCUUUGAAUCAAUUAUUGAACAUUUAAUUGAUAACCAGUAGAACAGUAAAACACCGUUACGAUUUACAGGAUGCAUAGCCUGGAUUUGAUACCCGAAAAUCAGUUGAUAGUUGAUAGAUGUACUGUUAGACAUAAUUUCAUAAAUUGCCAUGUUUUGUAAAAAUAGUGAUUUUUUGUACAUUUCUAAGUACCAUCUCUUCAGAACAGAUUAUAAGUUGCUCCAUUUAUAAACUACGUUGAUGGGAGGAUCACUGUUCGAAAAAUUAAAUACAAAAUAAUUUUUUGUAUAAAAUAAAGAGCAAACUGAUAUUAUGCAUAUGUUUUAACGAAAAUACGGGGAAAUAAUAAAAUAUCAAUCAGCUUAAGAACAUGUAAAGAAA